AUGCCUCCGAGCCCAGGCAAGAUCCAGGCUCUUCCAAUCAAGGUGCUGUAUACGAUCGACACAAGCCCACAGUCGUACCUCACCGUCUUGCCGGAUAAGCAGGACGUGUUGGUGCAGAGUAUCGGCGCCGAGCUGGUCGGCAGCGUCGCACUCAAGGCACUAACCAAGGCCAUCUGCUACGCUAGUCCGGAGUGCGUGCCGAACCGCACUUCCCUAGACUUUACCGUGUACAACUUGGACCCGAGUUCGCGUGCGCCGGCAGGCGGGCGCGCCUUCCCCUCACCCUCAGCAUCGUCGCCUGCCACUUCGUGGACGGGGCGAGGAUUUCUGAGCUGGGCGCUGGCCGAGCGCGGCGCCGGGGUCACGCUCGUCCGUGGCCGCUUAGCGCGCGAGUACGAAUUCUCGCCGGCCGCGUUUGCGGAAGGCGGGGGGUUGGAGGGGCUGAUGGCGGCCGCGCGUUCCGAGGAUGCAGACGGAAAGGGGUGGGGCCUCGAGGUCACACUUACCCUCCGCCAGCUCAAUCCUGAGGGCAAGGCUGAGUUUGCUGGGCGGCGCGAGUUCGAGUCCAUGCUCGAGGGAGGGAAGAGCAGUGCCGCAAAUCCCCUAUCGGUCACUAGUCCCGGGCGGGACAGAGGCUUUGUCAAGCCUGCUGCGCCGCUACCCAAGCAGCCGUCUCCUCUCCGCCGACCGGUUCAUAACGGCAACCCACCAUUCUCGACCAACGCAAUGGCCGGCCCGUCCAGGAGACCCCUGCCGUCUACAAGACCAGCCAAGGUGGAGCGCGCGCGCGACGUCACACCCCCACCACAGCAUAAAGCGCACGUUCCCCAGACGCCACCGACACCCUCGCCCUCCCGCGCACGCAUCCUCGAAGUGCUCAAGUCCGAAGCAUCCAUGUCGCCCAACAUGGCCAAGAAGCUCGUCGGCAAUCCGUUUCUCGUCAAGCUCCUCAAGACCCUCCCCGAGUCAGAUACGCCCGGCUCCCCUGGGAGAGUGCAGGACAGGGCCUCGGCGCCACCUGUUCCACACUCCGACAGCUUCGGAGGGCGGUGCGAGAACUGUGGCACGACGCAGAGCGAACAAUGGUUCAAGAAGAAGGUCAAGGGUAACAACGCGCGCGUAUGCCAGCCGUGUGGAAAAUACUAUAAUGACCACCGGACGAUGCCGAUGCCCGGCUCUUCGACGCCCGUGGCGCCCGUCCGCUCCUCGCCGCGCCUGAACAAGACGCGCGCAGACCCCACAUUGACAGAGAGUCCACGUAAGCGGCGCAAGAUGCCCACCCCAAGUCCACGGAUGGUGACGCGCGCGAGCACCCGCAAAGCCGGGGAAGCGGAGGAGGCGACGACGCCUACACCCGGCGGCCUGGUGGCAAGUUUAGACUUUGGCAGCCACUUUUCCAUGCCCGACUUUGACGAGGUUGCGCCCUCCACUGGCGUCGAGGAGGAGCAGGACUUAUCCUCCCUCUUCCUGCAGUUCCAGGACGAGGUGCCGAGCGCUGGGGUUACGCUUGACAAUGUGUUUGGGACGCACAACACGAACGAUAUCCUCGAUUUGCUGCGCUCGCUUGAGGGCGAGGGCACGGGGGUUAGUCAGAGCGAGCCGUGA